CAAUCAGCUGUCAUCUCUUUUCAGGGAAAAAAGAUAAAAUGAAACCACCUUGCUCCUUUCCUCCGUCAACCAAAACAGCUCUGUCCUUCCUUUCUCUCUCUCCCUGUCUUCCACUCACUCUGAUCUUUUCUCCCAGGCAGCAGCCAUGGCCGUGAAAUCCAACGAUGGCGGCGGGCCAGCAGCUCCGUCGCCCGCCUUCGUGGAUACAGUCGCCGAAAUCAUGAGGCUUUACCGAUCCCUCCCGCCGAGGCCUUCUAUCGACGAAGUGGAGGCCGCCGUCGCCGUGGUCAAGUCCAUCCAAAACGAAGAGCAGGCGAAGCUAGAAGAAAUCUCCAAACACCAGCGCCCGCCAGAUGUGCCAGAGGAGCUCUUCGCGCUGCUGCAGCAAGUGAGGAGGACGGUGGCUGUUCACCAGUGCCGUGAGCAGAGCAGAGAGGCGGCUCGGUUGGUGGAACUCGACGAGAUGUUCGAGAUGCUCGGUGGGUUGAUCCAGCGAGCUUCUUUGCUUGUCUCUGGCGAUUCCCAGGUGGAGAAAUCGACCGGAUUCGACGACCCAGUUGCCAAAAUUGCCAAGGAAACUGGCCUUGUGACGGAGAAAUUGGUUGAGGCUGGUGGUGAACUGGGUACUGAUGAGCUCAAGGCCUUGGGUAGAAGCUCUUCCACUAGGGCUGCUUUCUUCUCAGGUGAAGUGAAUUCCAACGAGAAACUAAGCCUGCUGAAAGUGGCAGCAAUGAUAGAGAACUCUGCAAAAUCAGGAGCUGAAACAAUCGAUCUCAGGGGCAAAUUGAUGGAUCAAAUCGAGUGGCUUCCAACCUCAAUCGGCAAACUAUCAUCCACCACUGAGCUCGACUUAUCCGAGAACAAAAUCAUUGCACUCCCGCCAUCCAUCUCCAACCUCAAAUCAGUAACCAAGCUCGAUCUGCACUCGAACCAGCUGAUGAAUUUACCGGACUCAUUCGGGGAGCUGAUCAAUCUAACCGACCUCGACCUCCACGCUAACAACCUCAAGUCGCUCCCAACUUCAAUCGGCAACCUCAAGAACAUGGUCAACUUGGACUUGAGCUCGAAUCACUUCAUUUCAUUGCCAGACACCAUUGGCGACCUCACAAAGCUCAAGACGCUCAUCGCCGAGACCAACGAGCUCGAGGAGCUCCCUUACACAAUCGGAAACUGCUCGUCUCUCACCGAGCUGAGAUUAGACUUCAACAACCUGAAAGCUCUCCCCGAGGCAGUUGGCAAGCUUGAAUGCUUGGAAGUUCUGACUCUGCACUACAACAGGGUCAAGAGCUUGCCUACCACAAUGGGGAACCUGUUGAAUCUGAAGGAGAUAGAUGUGAGCUUUAACGAGCUCGAGUAUCUGCCCGAGAGCCUGUGUUUCGCUGUGCAGCUGAAGAAGAUCAAUGUAGGGAAGAACUUUGCGGAUUUGAGAGCCCUGCCCAGAUCGAUUGGAAACUUGGAGAUGCUCGAGGAGUUGGAUAUAAGCGAUGAUCAAAUAAGGGUGUUGCCCGAUUCCUUCAGGUUCCUGUCGAAAUUGAGAGUCUUUCAUGCUAAUGAAACACCUCUUGAAGUCCCCCCUAGAGAAGUAUGCAAAUUGGGAGCUCAGGCUGUUGUGCAGUACAUGGCCGACCUCGUUGCUAGCCGGGACGCGAAAUUGCUGGCUCCCGAGGAGAAGAAAGGUCUGUGGUUAAGGCUCUGCUUGUUCUGUUUCCCAUUCCUCAGUAAUACUUCCAAAUGAAAAAGAACUGCCGUUCAUCAUGUACAGAUCGUUAUUCUAGUUAUGCUGGGGAUGGUUUCUUUUCGUUGUACAGAAGCCUCUUACGACAUGAACCGCCGAUUUCUUCUUCUUCUUCUUCUUAUGGGGUUUCUUAAUUUAAAUUUUGUUUGAUGACGAACAGAACAACAACACGUUGGCUGUCUAUACUUAUGAAUAAAUAUCAGUGCCUUCAUUUCCCUUCCCAAUACACUAAUAAUUAGGUUUUGUCAAUUUCUACUAGUUUGCUAUUACGAGGAUGACAGAAUGGUAAAUAUGCUGGUGGUUUUGGACAA